AUGAUUCUGAUCAAUACUGGUGGCCCUGGAGGUUCAGGCACUGAGAGUGUUCAAAAGCUUAGCGGGAAGCAUCUCCAUCUUCAUGUUGAUCUUUUCUCUGUUUUUUUCCCUCGUCCAACGACUCUAGGCUUACUGAACGUGUCCGUCUGUGCGGCUAAGACGAUACCCCGAUAUCCAGACUUAAAUUCGGAAUCGAGACCAAGGACGCCAAACUUGACAACGAGAUCGGUGCCAAGGAUGCCCGACGAUUAUCACAAUAGCUUCAUCCAGUUGGGGAUAAGCAUCGGCUCGCAGUGCGCGGCAGAGGCGGGCGGGGAGCUUGACCCUCACGUAGCCCGGCAUACAGAAACCGGCGGAGAGCUUGACCCUCACGCUGUCCAGCACACAGAAAGCGGUGGGGAGCUUGAUCCUCACGUAGCCCGAAAUAAAGAUAGCGGCGGAGAGCUUGAUCCUCACACAGUCAAGCACACAGAAAGGGCGGGAGAGCUUGACCCUCACUCAGGCCCACAUAUGUCGACCGCAACCACUGCCCGGGACAUGCUCAGCAUAGUCGAUGCAUUCGCGGCGACUGAAGACGGCCAGAGGGCCGCGAGGCCCAGCCACCUCCUGAACUACUACGGAGUCAGCUACGGCUCGUUCCUCGGACAGACAUUCGCCUCGAUGUUCCCCGGGCGAGUGGGCAACAUGGUCCUGGACGGCGUGGUGGACCCGCAGUCCUACCUCGACAACUCCCUCAACACCGUGACCCACGCCGACGGCGUCCUGGCCGGCUUCUUCAUCUUUUGUCACGAGCUGGGCCCGGAAGACUGUCCUUAUCACACCGGCUCCGCGGCCAGGGACAUCCACGCGCGGUUUGCACGGUCGUACGCACAGCUCGACGCCGAGAAGGCCAGGGAGGAGAACUGGGCGAACGCCACGGACAUCGAGCUGGCGCUGCUCAACCUGAAGAGCGGGAUCCUGUUCGCGGCGUUCAACCCGAUAAAAUCGUUCGGGGAUUUGGCUACCAACCUGCUCUACCUUGAGGUUAUGCUCCAGGCGCAGAGGCUGAGCGACUGGAACUCCUGGAUGGUAACGUCGAAUGGAAAUGCAUCCCCGGCCGGGUGGGCCCGGUCCGGGGCAGAGUUGAGCAUGGGCGUGAUGUGUUCUGACCAGGGCAACAUCUGGUACAACAAGACCCUGGAUGACUUCCGGCCUGUCAUAGACGUGCUCGAGGAAGACAGCAUCGUUGGAGAUAUUUGGGCCAAGUUCCUGCUGGGAUGCGCCGGUUGGUCUAUCAAGGCCGCGGAAAGAUUCGCGGGCCCAUUCACUGGCGACACGGCGACGCCCAUCCUCUUUGUCGGCAAUACAUACGAUCCUGUGACUCCCGUUGAGAACGCGUUGUCCUCGGCACAGAAAUACAAGGGUGCCCAAGCUCUUGUUAUUGAUGCUUUUGGGCACGGUAUGAUUUGGACCUUGAACCAUUGCGGAUUCGAAAAAGUCGCAAAGUAUUUCAAGAACGGCGAGCUGCCCGGGGAUGAUUCAUUCUGCGCGUUCGAGGGAGACAAAUACAAGAUCCCGUUCUCGCUGAGCGGGACGCUGGAACAGAGCAUCCGCGAAGCCGGUUUGGCCAACCUUCGGAGCUGA